AAGCGAAGCCGGCUAAACGCGCUAGACAAUAACAAGGAAUACAAAUAUACGCUAAAAAAUCGGAAUAAAUGAAAAAUAUAAAUAAAAAAAUUUGUUUUAAACCAUCAAAUUGAAAUAAAUUUUCUAAGAAAGCAUGAAAACGCAAAAUAAACUAUUAUAAAAAGCAUACCACAGCAGUUAAAAAAAUUAUAAAAAAAACUUCACUUAACUGAAAUUUGUAUAGUGUCAAAAUAUUUACUAUUGUCGUGCCUCCUACGUUUUUCAAUAACACAAAAACUAAAAUUCGUUUACAUAAAUCGAGUUCAGUGCACCCCGCAAGCGAUGGGCACUUUGCACGUCUGCUUCGCCGAUCUGCCGCAUUAUAAAAGUGCCACUUCAGCCAUAGCAGCGUCAUCGUUAACCACCCUAAGUCAAACCGGAGCACUGGCUGAACUAAGUGCAGCCAUGGACACCGCUAACUGCACUACAACAAUGACACAGCAAACUGAACUCAGCAAGGAUAUGCCGCCAUGCAGCAUAUCACCUGGAGCCAACAGUGCACACAGUACUUCGCCAACUCCACGCUACGAGCGCAACAUGAGCUUCUUUCACCAACUCAGCCGCCGCUUUGGCCUGCUACGCUCCAGCGAUGACCCAGUUUUCAGCGCUGCCGAAGAUGACUCGACCGAUUCGUGUUCCUCGACUACAGGUGCAAUAAUGUCGAUGCAACGCUCAAUCGGUGUAUCUGCGACGUCAUCGUUAUGUGCGCCAAACGGCGAAAAUACUGUAAGCAGCAGUCGCAACAAUAACCAUGAAACACACUUGCAAACAAGUACCGCUUGCAUGAAGGACAGCCAAGGCUCGAGCAGUGAACAUAUUUCGUGCGCUUCCAGCGAGACGAGCAGCACAGUCGAUAUGGAGGAACCACAAGAACAGCAGACACAGUCACCAACAGCUCCUGCCAAAUUGUCAACAUUGAAGGAACGACCCCUCAGUGCACGAGCGAACUUAUCACGUUUUCAUCGCCGUUCCACAUCUUCCAUACGACGCGCAUUCGAAAGUUUCUCACUAUCAACACGUUCAUUAUCAUGCAGCGGAGCUACUUCGAAUAUCACGCCCCUAGCCGCAGAGCACACACAAUGCACCACCACCAACAACAGUAAUACAACUAUCAAAUCGGCACUCAAAUAUAAUUCUAAUAUUGAGUUAAAUAGAAAAUCGCAAACGGGAGGUGGUGGCUGCAAUACGUCAUAUUCCGCUUCAAGUUUACAUUUUUCGUCAGCAUCAAGCAAAACUACAGCGUCGACAACAUCAAAGUCAUCGAAAGGCAAAACGAAGCCACCACCGCAACGUAUACUGCGCCAGCCCAUCUCCUAUACGUAUCUGAAGGGCAUAUCCGGCCUACCGACGCAGCGAGUGCCUCGCAGCGCUGUCUGCUGUCAGUAUGCAAGGCGUUGAUAUUCCCGGCAUUGGCUUUCAGCAGCGUCGAAUAAAACUAGAUACCAAUAAAGUGUUCAUAUAAGAUACUCGUAAAACAUAAAUGUAUGAGACCGAAAUAGAAGGCGUUUUUGCCUAUACGAUUAUUACAAGCAUAUAUUGUACGACUAGUAGACUGUUCGAGAGUUCUUUGUUGUUGGUUUGCAUUGAAAUGACGUACUCAUAUAAUCCAUUGUAGAAGGUUUUUGAAUGUAUGUACGAUAUACUUGCAAGUACAUACACGGGAUCUAUUAUGCGCAUCAUAAUUGAAAGAGACAAGCAAAUUAAUCAUCAAGUGUAUUGUAAAUCCAGCUAUUUAUAAGUUUCGCAUUAGAUAAGCACCAAACGAAAACUCACGCAUACACACGGGCGCAUACGCAGGCACAUCUAUAGAAUUUAUAUUUUUAAAUUGCAUUGAAAGCGACAGUACUUGUAAAUAUAUACACAGAUAAGCACAUAUUUUUUUUUUUUUUAUUUAAUCCCUUAUUCAGCUAAACGACUAAACGAGCAAAAUUCUUACUGACUAUUGGAAAAAGCCUUAAUAAUUUUUUUAAUUAAUCAUAUUAUAGCUUCCGGCCUGCUCCGCAAGUCAGGGAGGGGUCCAAAUAAGGAUAGCAUUUAACUCAGAUAGUACUCUAGCCAAAGGAGCAACAUAAUUGACAUAAUUGCAUCAAAACAUCUGUGAUAAAUAUCAUUUUCAUAUCGGAUAGCACUUAAGGGUGGAAGCUGGUCUAGAGCGCAAAAAAUGGGCAUAUUUUAUGAAUUUAUUUUGACUCAACAAAGGAAUCAAUCGAAAAUCUGUGAAAUAGGUUUAAUAAUAUAGCUUUCAUGGUACAAAUACAAAAUUUUUCGUCUGAAUUAAUUUCAAAAUGGCCGCUGUCCAGCAGUUCUCCUAAGGCGCCUUUUUUUCUAGUGGGUCCAUUGCCGAAGACGUAAACUCCUUAAUUUUUGUCCUGGAUCAAAAAAUCAAAUUUUUUUAGUUUCUAUAUAACAACAGAAAGAGACGUACGUAAGAUUUUUUCGAUAUUUUGUUUUUUCGCGAAAUGGUGCACGUUUGAACAAAAAGUUACAAUUUUCACUAUAAAGAACGACAUAAAAUUGUUGAUUAAAAAAAAACUAUGUAAUAUAAAUAAAAAAUCCUACGUACGUCUCCGGAGAAAGGUAUUUCGAAUGUAUUGUCAAAAUUUCGUAAGAAUCGGUAAAGAUUUGUUCGAGUUAUGUCUUCGGCCAGUUUAAAAAAAGUGAUUUCGAGAAAAACGCGUUUAAAGUUGUAAGUAGCGUUCGGGGCAUACCUGCGAGGCACUGCCGUCGAAUGAAAAAUUUGGGCAUUUAGACAUUUUUGCUGGCAUCCCUCAUUUGGUAUAUUAUUUCUAAGACCCUAAAGCACCUUUUAAGACAAAAAAAAAUUUUUCGAUUUUUUCAAAAUUCUAGACCAGCUUCCCCCCUUAACAGCACCGCCAUGUUUCAAUAUGGUGUUGCAAAUUUCAAAAUACUUUCAAUUUAUGAAAUUUUUUUUUCAAAUUUGUACAUAUAAUAUCUUUCGAUUUACUCGUGAAUUCAGAAAAAGCGCAUAAUUUUAUUUAAAAUCUAUUUAUAUGUACACAUAAUUAAGUUCUAUGUUCACAUAAUUCCUGAGCGGCUUUGCUUGGUGGGCGAUUACCAUUUGGAAGUGCACAGGUACGAAAUUCCGUGCAUAAAACACCAAUUGAUAGAAAACGUUCUUUCUAAUAGCGGUCGCCCCUCCACAGAUAAUGGUACACCUCCAAGUGUAUCUUUACCAUGAAAAAGCUCCUCAUAAAAAAUACAAACCAUCUGUCGUUCGUAGGCGGCAUACAAAUGUAGGUCCCUCUACUCGAGGAAUAGAUUAAGACACACACCACAAAUACCCAGGCCGGUUAAACACUCAGAAAAGAUGUCUACCAUGUAUGUAUAUGUCUUUAUGUAUAUAUGUAAACGUAAGAAAUUAUCUUCGAUACUUAUAUGUAUGUGUAUGUAUUAAAAUUGGGUGUUAAUUUCUCAGUGGAAAAAUUUGAGUAAACAAUCUAGUUAUGUAUGAUAAUUGGCUUCCUUGUGCUUGCAUUUAUUCAUCCUAUUUAGAUGUGAACAGCUGUGUAUAUAUAAGUUGUUAACUGUAAAUAUUCGGUUUCACGUCGCAAACAAAUUUGUAUCUUAAUGAAAAUAAAAUAAUAAUAAGAAUAUUUCACUUAAAAAAUAAAUAAAUUAAUAAAUAAAUUUUUACACUAUUAAGGAAAUACUUUUUGCAAAUUUUUUUGUGCCACUUUAUCAACUCAAUACUUAAUUAAUUAAUUCCAACAAACUAGACAAUUUACGCGAAACUUAAACACACACCCAUUAAUACAGUCUUAACGAAGUGAAUAAAGCACACGACAAUACUAAGAAAUAAAUAAUAAAUAGCGAAAAAAACAUUUACAGAUUGCUACAUAUAUACAUACAUACGGUAUAUGUAUGCUUCAUUAUCUAAACGGAAAUACUUAUAAAGGCUAAAAAUAAAAGUUAUGUAAUGAUAAAAAUACUAAAAAAACGCUAAUUAGAUAAACAAAUCUUUACGACUUUAUACAAUAACAACAAUGAUAUUGCAAUAAAGCAACUGGUGCGGAAUAUACCAAAAGUAGCGAACCGUGACACACACAUUCUUAUUUACAUAGCCAUAGCAUAAAAUAUGCCACGCGAAAUAUCAAAUGUGUGAAAAACCUACACU